AGGGACCUUGAGAGGGACCUUGGUUGGAAUUCAAGAUGUCCUCUCGGUUUUCAGUUAUACAACUGCCGAUUUCAUGAUUCGAUGCCGAAAAGUACGAGCACAAAUGUUUCAAAGAUAUGUGGACCGAAUUAUAGCACAUAUUCAACACUUACUGAUCUUAAACACAUGCAAACGAGAAAUGAUUUUUUAACAAGAUUGACUCGGUAUAAUUUGCCAUCUCUUUCAAAUAAAUGGAAAAGUCAGAUAUCGAGAGCAUCUAUGUAUUCACCCAGGAAGUCUACAAGGCCUUCAGGAAGGAUUGAACAAAUAAGGGCUCUAAGACCAAUCACCAAGGACCACCAUCAUCAAGACAGUCUCUUUGGGAACUCAUUCCAGUCAAAGUCCUUCUUUAUUGUUCACCCAGAAUGGAUUAGCGAGACCGUAGACAACACAGACCCCGAGCCCCUUCACCGUCCCCCAUGGCCCUGGGAGCAGCCCAGAUACCGUCAGAAUAUCCAAAUCCCUAUAACAUACAAGGUCGACGAAAACAGAAGAAGAGAAAAAAUAAAACAGAAAACGAAGGAAAAGCCGAAGAUAAUUCAGAUAUGCCAAUGGUUAUGGACGCACCAAUGUGUUUACCUAUUGGUUACACUUUUUGACACAUCCGCGGAAUAGACUUGACCAAACCUUAUGAAAAACAGACUCAAUUUGGAGCCCCGUUAGUAGAUACAUCAGUGUAUAAACUUAGUUACUAGAAUACAGUUAUCUUUCCUUAGUCAAUUAAAAACUUGAAUUAUUCAUAUAUAAAU